AUGAAGAUCGUCUGCACUUUACUCCUCUUAAAAUGCCUCUUCUUGCUCAUUAAAUGUACAACAUCCGCUAAUAUUGAAUGCCUUUAUCGUCCCGACAACUGGACAGCAUCAGGUGACGUCUAUGUCUGUGAUAAUCAGAAUAAUCUCAACAUUAAAUCGCCAGAAACAGCCGUUGUUACGUCAUCGAGUGGAAUUCAUGCGAAUCAUCUGAGUAACAAUCAUGUGACGGCAUACUUAGCAUAUGGCAGGAAUAUUUCAUAUUUUCCACAAAGUCUUGAGUUUAUUUUUAAGAAUUUGAUAGCAAUUUACAUUCAAAACUGUGGAUUAAGGAUGAUUCAGCAAUCGGAUAUUAAAGUUUUUCCAAAAUUAGUUGAGCUUAAUUUGGGAAAUAAUGAAAUUUAUGUCCUUGCCGAUGAUCUUUUUGCUCAUAAUUUAAUCAUUAAAUAUAUUUAUUUGUCAGGCAAUGAGUUUAUUCAUAUUGGAAUGAAUGUUUUUGAUAGCUUAACUGAAUUGUCAUAUUUAUACUUAAUUAAAGCAAAGUGUGUCAAUAAUUAUGUUGAAAACAGCACGUCUUUGGUCAAAAAAGUCAUUAAAGUCACUAAAAACAGUUGCUUUAACUCGGAUUAUGUUGAGUUUACUGCCCAAAUCAUUAAACUUCAGGAUCCAUUAAUUAGUGCUUAUUGUAAAUACCAAAAUCAACUGAUUAAAUUCAAUCAGUCAACAUUCUUUAACUCGGCCUUAUUCACGUUGAAAUUAAACGAUUUUUUGAAUAAUAAACAAAACUGGUGCACAGAAAAUCAUGAAAGAAUUGAAAAAAUUGAUGUUUUGGGGCAUCAAGUGGACAUAAAGUUGGUGAUUAUUGUCUUUUCUACACUUUUAGUAACAUUGCUGAUUAUUAAUGGUCUUUUUGAGGUUAUGUAA